UGUGAUUGCAAAACAAGUCUGGAAUCCCAAAACUAAAGACAAUACUCAAGACAAAGCUCCAAACAAUAAAAUCACUGGGGCCAUCACCUCUUUUCAUAGGAAGGUUUCAGGAGAGGUCCAAUUGCACCAAAAUACACAAGUUAUAAAAGAAAUUGUUUUUGAAGAUGAAGGUGACGGGAAUCGAAGGAAGAAGGUUGAAAAGCAGUUUAUACCAUCCAACAAUUGUUUCUUAUGGAAGUUCCGGAUUUGGUUCCCUCUCACCGAUAUGAUCUUAACGAACCCUUUGAUGACUCUACACCAAAUUAAGGCUAGCUUGGAGUUUAAUCCUUCGUUGCUAAAUAAAGGACAUGCUACUCAUGGAGACAGUCCACCUAAUAUUUCUUACAUGGUGGUUUGGCUUGAAGAGUUGGAGUACGUCCCUGCAAACAAAAGUAGCUAUUAUAGUUAAAAAAACAGGAAGAACUGGAGGCUAAGUUACUAGUCCACAAGAUACUUUACCAUGGAGGUUCUAUUCAAGUGGUGAGGAGGAAAAGGCAACCUAGGUUUCCUCAUGAGGCAUCCUCUAUUCUUAACAGAUAAGCUGCCAAAAAGAUCUUAUGAGCGCAUUUACCAAUUUAUUUAUGAAUUUCCUAUUUUGGAAUAGUAGGGGCUGUGCUUCCUCCUGCCCAAGGCUUUCUAGUUUAGUUGGACAGUUAGUUUAUUUCUAUUUUUGAACAUAUGAAUGAUAAUCAUAAAAGGGAG